AUGAUGAUCAAGCCUAGUCCCAUGUCUCCUAAAAUUGAUUUACGUCGCCUUUGUGCUGUUCACAUCAAAAAUCAGUUUACAGGGAAAAAGAUCCGCUUAGUAGGUGGAAGGAGUAGCAACGAAGGCCGAGUGGAGGUUUAUCAUGAUGGUCAGUGGGGGACAGUUUGUGACGAUGGCUUUGGCAACACUGAAGCAGAGGUUGUAUGCCGUUUGCUGGGAUACAGCCCGAACAAAGCCAGAGUAUACAGACAUGGUUGGGGUAAUCUUGCUUAUGGCCGUAUAUGGCUGGACGACCUGCGAUGCACAGGCAACGAGUCCAGCAUAUUCGACUGUCCUCACAGAGAUCUGGGUGUACACGACUGUGGCCACGGUGGAGAUGUCGGGGUGAAUUGCUACAAUGGCACCGCCAUUCCUGACCACUGUUCCCCAAACCCCUGCCAGAGUGGCGGCACCUGUGUACGUAAACUCCGUAUCAAUUAUGAAAAUACUGAUUACAAAUGUAUAUGUCCUUAUGACCGAAUGGGUGUAAACUGUGAGAAAAGCUACGACCCAUGUGCUUCAUACCCUUGCCAUUAUGGCGGUACAUGUAUACGUACCAACAGUACAUUUUGGCCGUAUUCUGCCUACAGAUGUAACUGUGCUUUCAACCGUACAGGGGAGAUGUGCGAGUACAGCAUUGGCGACUCUUGCUCUUCGAACCCAUGUUAUAAUGGAAGCAAGUGUGUUGCACAAGGGAACGACUACGCCUGCGCCUGUCCUUGGGGUAGAUACGGGAAGAGAUGCGAAUCUAAUGAAUUCCCAGUUCGUUUAGUUGGAGGUCGCAGCAGUAGAGAGGGACGCGUGGAAGUUUACUUUGAACCCCAUGGCAGCUGGGGGACUGUGUGUGACGACGGAUUUGACGAUAAUGCCGCUAGGGUCAUAUGUAGAUCACUUGGAUUUGGGUAAUACCAAUUAUAAGUUAAUUCAACGAUUGCCACAUUAUAUAUUCGCAUUUAAGCUUUGAUAUGUAUUUUCACAUGUUUUGUCAAGAUAUGGUAACAGUAUUUACGGUGCUCUUCAUAAUAUCUCACUCACAACCUCUGUACUGCUUCCUACGACCUGUGUUGCGUCCAAAUUUUAUGCAGAAUCUCUCGUGCCACUCAAGUUCUUCUAGUGAAAUAUCGAUCGAAUAUACGGAAGAUAUUGGACAUGUCGCAGGGGUAACUUGUCCCCCCUCACCCCCUUCAAUAAGAAAAAAAAAAAAUUGAAAAAUUCUGAAAACUGACAAAAGCUGAUUUAAAUUGAUGUGAACUAAAUCCGAAUUAAAUAUUAAACAAUAUGGUCUGGGGAGACCCAUUUUAGUGACCUGGGCUGUUAGGACGGAAGUUUAACUUUAUUGCUAUACCUUGACCUUUCUUACAUGUUCAUUACUUGUCUUGUUCAUUAUAAUUGGGAUACACCCAAAUCUUGACCAAAGAUUUCUAGGUAAAACCUAGCCUUUAUUUAGAAAAAAAA